CAUAUGUACAUAUACACAAUUUGUAUUUAUAAUUUUCGAAACGAAAUUGUAGACGAAAGCGCGCAACAUUAUCAACGCAGCUUAUCUUAUCAGGCUGUAAACCGUUUCGGGCGAGAAUGGGGGAUUCGAUGUGUGCCGUUUUGCUGAUAAGACAAAUACAAUCCCUGCGUUAGGCGCAACAGGUGAAUGCGGCCAGUAAUCGAGUGAAUUUCAGAUGAGUCGCGUUAACGAUCCGUACAGAAAGAUCGUUGCUUCAAUAGUAGAUGAGAACUUUGAUAACAUAAAUUUAGAGCAGCUGAUAAGUAAACACUCAUCCAUAUGUCAUAUUCCACAUCAAAUACCUGCGCUGCAUCGUCUAAAAAUGCCAAAGCUCCACCACUUUGCCACGAUCUCUCUGCUAUUUUAUUUCACAUCCCUAACCACAGCUGUGAAUUGUCCGCACAGUUGCAAAUGUUCUUGGGUACUUGACAGCCUUGGCGUCGACUGUUCGCGCAAAGGACUUACGGAGUAUCCCGAUUUUGGUGAUCUGCCCAUCGAUCAUCUGGAUUUGUCAGGCAAUAAUUUCGUUGACUUUCCCACGCAUUUGGCCACAGUGGAGUCACUCGUCUACUUAGAUCUCUCUAAUAAUAAGAUAGCGCAGUUAAAUGCUGAAGCUUUAGUAGGAUUUACAGCACUACGUGUCCUACUGCUCGCCAACAAUAGCUUCAACAGCUGGUUGAAUCUGAAUCCGAGUGAGGCGUUUCGGAAUGCUAUUAGUCUGAAGCAUUUGAGCUUAAGUGGCAAUAAUUUGGAAACUUUUACGGGUUUCAAAUCUGAACUUGUGCUCAUCAGUGAAUCGCUGGUAGAGCUUGAACUCGAAAAUUGCGGCAUUACAACCGUUGGCGGUGAUCAUCUCAUAAACGGCCUACCAGCACUUGAUCGGCUUUCGCUUUCGGGAAAUGCGCUUGCUACGCUGAACAACAUACCAUCGAAUACAUUGCGUACACUGGAACUGAGCAAUUGCAGUUUGCUACAUAUACCACAAACUUUCAUCGAAAGUUUGCCAAAUUUAGAGGUCUUAAAUGUUUCUUGGAACUUUGCAUUGGAAUUUAAGGAUGCCAUAUUAUCGGUAUCGCUUUUGCAGUUGGACGCUUCCUUUUGCAAUUUGGACACGAUAAACUUGAGCGGCUUCCCAAGCUUAACGCGCGCCCGUUUGCGGGGCAAUAUGUUACGUACCUUGGAUCAAUAUACCUUCGCCAAUAAUACUCUCUUGGAGACAGUGGAUUUGGCGCGCAAUUCGUUGCGUAAUAUCCAACCUAGUGCAUUCGUUAAAUUAAAACAUUUAGCAACAAUCGACUUGUCGCUCAAUGAAAUCGCUCGCCUCGAUACGAAUUUGUUCCGCUCCAACGAUGUGCUCGUUUCGAUUAACUUGAGCCGCAAUGUCAUUGAAAAAUUCACGAAACUUGUAUCGAAUUCGUUGCGCGAAGUAAACUUAAGCGGCUGUGAAAUAAUAAUGAUCGAUGGGAAUGCGUUAACGGGUCUAUCGACAAUCCAACGGCUUGAUUUUUCGAAAAAUCUCAUCAAAGAGUUUCCAGCAAAUAUGCGUUCGGAAACACUACAGAGAUUGGAUCUGAGUAAUUGCAAACUAACGGCGAUACGCAACACGACAUUUUCGGAAUUUCCAGAAUUGGCAUGGCUGCAUUUAAAUGGCAAUCGUUUUACGAAUCCAAUACCAGCUGAAUAUUUUCGCUCCAACCAAUACUUGGAUGCCAUAUGGAUAAGUGAUAAUCCAUGGAUUUGUAAUUGUCACGACACAACAUUUAUGGAUUUCUAUGAUUAUUUAACUGCACCACCACAAAAGUUAAAGGACCACAAAAAUGUACGCUGUGCAUCGCCCUCGAACUUCUAUGGCAAAACAUGGGAAAGCGCCUGCGCUAGUGUAUGGGCGCCUAGCGAACGCAAUUCGAGAGCAGCGAGAGCAUGGACUGCGAUCAUGUGGUGCUUUUUGAUCAUCGCUGUGGGGUUCCUUUUCUACGCAUGUAUGAAAAAGUAUAUCAGAAGCCGCACGAAAAGACGAAAUCGAAAUGAAUAUCGAGAGAAUCGCGAUGAAAUGAUGGAAAUUCGCGCACAUAAUCAACGCUUGCUGGAAGAGGCCGGCACGCCUAAUGCUCCAAGUCCGUACGAGAAUAAUUUGCCUUCUUACGAAGAUGCCAUAAGAAUGCCAAAACUGGAACGACCCGUCAAGUCAAUGGUAGAUCUAACCGAAUCGGGUCAUGCACGUCGCGCCAAAUUACGCCGCUCGCAGACUAAUCCCGAGGGUGAUAUUGAGGACGCCGAUUUACUGUUAGACGACCGUCAGCGCUUUCGCAGCGAAGAAAUGUUAUCGAAUCGUGCAAAAGAACGCACAGCGCCCAUAAUUCCUUUCGCGCGCACUGGCUACAUUGCCUACAGCAAUUCGCGCAGCCGCCGGCUAAGCAUUGAAGACACGCGCUUCCCAGCUGCGCAUCUGAAGUCACAGAAUUUGCAAAGCGCCGAAAAGAUAGCAAACUUCCAGGGCUAUGAGCAUAGUCCCUACACAAAGCGGCGUCCCAAAGUGGCUGAUAUACCGCCAUUCAAGCGCGCCACAAUGCGCACCGACAGCGUCGAGUUUCUCACAGAUCCUGAAUAUGAAGACCAAAGUAAACCGGGCAGCCCGUUCGCGCGUCGUAAGCCCAAG